AUGGGCGUUCCUUUCGAAGCUCUCAUUCCCUAUGGGAUCAUGCUUGCCAUGUUCGGUGUGACUGGAGCCGGACUUUCGAAGAUCAGACAUAUGCAGAACGGUGGAAAGAGAGCGCGACACUCGGUGGAUCAAUGGGACAGAGUACUGAUGGACCGCGAUCGAAGAUUAACGGGAUUCUUGAGAGGACAAACGGAUAACCCAAUCGCACCAGCUGGUUUCGAGCUCAACAACCCGUGGAGACUCGAGAAGCGCAUCCUUUAG